AUGACGAACUGGGAGAAGGUUAAGGGCAUAUGCCAGCCGUGUCGCGAUUUGCUUAGUGCCGAUAAGCCAUUCGACUGCGAAGCUGGUCAUGUCAGUCCGCACUGGAUCUGCAAGACUUGUCGUCAGAACGGAGACAAUAGCAUCGUAGGAGAUCGGGUCAUUAAAUUGCCCGACUGUAGUUUCCCGCUUAAACCGAGCAAGCAAGAGAAAGUAGCCUGGGUUGCGUUCAUAUCUAUCUACGGAAAAGAUGGACGACGCUCAGAAGGUGGCCAUUUGGCUGGAUCUAACAAACGCUUGGAAAUAUCGGAAACGCCGAAGCCAGUGCCAGUUGACAAAAAAGCAGUGGAGAAACCAAGUCUGAUCGUUCAUCUCAAGAUAGGAAAGCCAAGGGAAGCCGAAUCUGAUAACAAAGUUGAGCCACCAGCAGUAUCUAGCCCGCCACAGAUGGGAGAUCAGUGGUCAACGACUGUAAAUCGCCCACCAACUCCUCCUGAUUCAAUCGCAGAAGCACAGUCUAUUGUAGGAGCAUCUAACAAGACAUCACCAGUUGAUCUAGAUUUUCAGAGUUCAUCAGUGGAUCAACCCAAAUCUAGAGCACCGGAUCAUCAGAAUUCAACAGAGAAGGAGCGACACGAAACAACCAGAAAAAGUCCCGCAGUUGUCGAGAUUGAGGACGAUGACAUCACCAUCCUCACAGCCGCGCCUCGAAAGCGUAGGCGUCUCCAUCAGGGGUUGAGAGAGGGAGAGGAAACGGAUCUCUCUGCUGAAGACCAAACUGGACUGACCAUUGAGCAAUCUGCGGAACCAGCUAGCGAAAAGAGCGACGACAAAAAGAUCCUUGAAUCCACCCUACUCGUUGAUAAAACGCCGAAAAUUAGGCCUGCUUCCCACAGUAAUGAUGCUCUGCUUGAAAAAUGGAUCAGCACGGCUGAACGGCGGAAAUCUCAGGAUCAGACGCUGGAAAAAAGCAGUUUGAAAUUGGGUAUCUCGAAGACGGAUGAAAUCAGCCAUCGCCAGAAGGAGGCCAAAGUAGAGGAUUUUAUCAUCUCAGAACGUCCUCUUGCCCUACCCAUAGAAUCGUCAGGCCCCAUACUGGUGGAACCUUCUAAAGCAAGUCCACCGCCUGAAGUAGAUUCACUCGAUCACAAAGUUUCAUUUCUUGAGCAAGAGAUGCCUUCUUCGCCGAAGAUUCUGGCCAUUCAUUCAGAGUCUCCAAAACCUGUCUCACAGGUGAAUUAUGGGCCAACGAGUCCAAAAGUACAAGUAGUUGUACCACAACGCAGCACCAUGCCUCCUCCGGCAGCAAUUGUGGCAUCUAGACCGGUUGUAGAUAUUUCCCCACAAGUAGAUGAAAAUCCCCCAGUACCUCGAGACCUGUUGAGUAAGCACCGAAACAAGGACUCUUCAAAAUUACAAUCACCCACCCAGAUCUACGAAUGGUCGGCUAGCCAAUUUCAAUUCAUGCCAAUAAUGUUUCAACAGGAAUAUAAAGAUCUUGCAAAUGAUCCGAAAAUUCAAUAUUCUCUCCGGCAAAGCUCACUAGACACGAUUACAUGGGCAGAACCAACGACAUUAGCAAGACCUCCAACCCAGGAGUUUGUAACACGUCUUCAAGCAGAGCUUCCAGGCCCAGUAUUUGCAACCAGGAUUCCCUACCCCCAGCAGAGCGAUGUGGCCUUACAGCCACAUCCUUCAUGGCCAAUCUCUCCACAAGCAUCAGCCCAAUACUCUCAAGCUCAGCUUGGUCCAGCCUAUAGGCCUGCUUUUGGCGACAGUAGAGAAAUGAUCGAUUCGGGUCCUAGGGGAUCAUCACACGGACCUGUUCAGCAAAAUGACUUACAAAACAAGACACAGGCUUUGCCGCCAGAAGCGAAAUAUCAUGGUCUCCCAAACCAGAACACGAUGGCCCCAGGUCUCGUGAUAAGCCCGAAAACCGAGCCCCAGAUCAGUGCUAUCAAUCAGCUGGAAGGGAAAUCAACAUCAUAUCAGAACGCAACUAAACCUCAACCACCGUCAUUUCCGGAGCAAAACAUUAGGUUCAGAGAACCCAGCGUCGAGGUCAUGGAGGCUAUCGUUCCGCCACGAAGUGUGUCAGACGCUGCUUCACCGAGCAGUAUGUUGGAACGUAGCUCACGAGACAUCGCCAAUAAACCUUCCCGGAAGUCAAGCUUCUUUGCUGAUGAUUAUCUCUUCAACAUGACAAACCAUUCUAAGGCCAAGGAGGCGACAUCAUCCUCGACGGAGUUUGGUUUGAACGCUAAGAAGUCAAACCAAGAUAUGAACGUAGCAUCAAAUACAACAGGGUAUCCAAAGACGGCGACAGAAAAGUCAAAGCUUCAACUUGAUUCACGAGUGGGCACAUCACUGGUAGACAAAACCAGGGCCCUGUCUCCUGUGCCAACAAGCGAAGCAAAUUUGAACAAGCCAGCGCCACUCGGAUCAUCCGAAGUUGCAUCUGCCUCUUCAGAGCCUAUUGUGCCCUCACUUGCUUUCGUUGCAGUCAACAGUAAUCCUACCCGCGUAGGAUCAGGAUUUGCCCUCAAGACUUCUCCAAGGCAAACAUCUGCGACUCAACAACUUGCUAAGACCCCACGACGGCGGGCCACCAAGAAGGUGGACUACCAGCUACCUAACAUAGCCCCCAAACUGCCACCGUACGCGAAAUCUGAUUCCAAGCAGUCUCAAUUAGCACCUAGUGCACAUAUCCGAAGUUCUUCGCAAUCACAGAAAGAAGCGUCUCCUCCAGUGGCAAACCCUAGUACCUCGAAAUAUGUUUUCCUUCAUCGAACAAAGAGUCAACCUCCCAAGGCUUCCUCACCUGGGCCGCCUGGUCCAGGUCUUCCUGACAGCCAAAGUAUUGCAAAUGGCGGCAGACCGGCUCAGCAUUUCCCACAUCAGCCACCAAGUGAAGCGGGCGCGCAACCGAGUCUAGAUCAUUCUGAUAUAUUCGAUAGAUAUCCCUAUGGAGGCGCACCCCAGGGUCAGAGAUCACAGCAAAGCAUCAGCCCAACCCAAGCCGAGGUGACUGAACCCCAGACUAUGCCGAGACGAUCAAGCUUGGGAAGUCAGACGCCGGUAAACAAAGCUGCUACUCCAGUUCUCAAACGACCUCUACCCUCCGAGCUCGCUGCCGCCCAGUCACAACACGCUCAGAAAGCCCAGCGACUUUCCGGUCCACCACCCUUUGCCUACCCGCCUCACCUCCGUCCUUUGGAAAUGCUCGGCAACACAAACAGCCCCAAGCCUCCGUCUCUUCCAAACUCACCGAAUUCAACCCAAUUCCCCGCUUCAUACUCCCAGUUCCCUGGCCACCCAGCUGCCUUUCCCCCCGGCUUCCCCGCCCAUCAAAGCCAGGGCCGCUCCUACUCCUUCGCGCACCCGUCACCUUACGCCCCCACAGCUCCUCCAAGCGCCCACUCACAGCCUCAAUCGCCCUUUCCCGCGGACGCCUCAUCAAGCCAAGCGAUCGAAGCAGCCAAAAUUAAUAUCUUCGUCAGCGUAGGCGCGUCUCGAGUUGCGAUUCGCCUCGGCGCAUGUGGCAGUGCUUACGACUUCAUCAAGCGGAUCCUGUCGAAAGUAGGAGAUAAGGCAGCCGCAGUGGACAGCUUGCAGGUCGAUUUUACUUGGAUGGAGGCAGGCGAUAGGGAUAAGAGCCUUAUGAUGAGGCUGGCGGAUCAGGAGGACGAUAAGGAAGAGAGCUUCAAUAUCAUCAAGGAGGAGAUAGAGAAGAGGCACAAAGCCUCGGGUGAGCCGGCGAGAUUGAACGUUGAUGUGCUGACGGAGGGGGAGGGGAGGUAG